CUCCUGCGAGCCAUGGCAGUCCCAUUCUCCAACCCUCUUUCCAGUAGUGACCCAGGCCUCGGGGGUUCAGGGUGACGACAAGGUCUCCCCCACUCUACAGCCCGGGCCCAGAUGGCUCAAGAGCUCCCCACUCCAGCCAGAGUCCCUGUUUCCCCAAAGAGGGGAGGGCCCACCCCGACUCCCGCUCACUUCUCCUGUCUCUGUAGCUUCCCUGGGCCCUGCCUGGACAGGCCUGCCUGCGUGCUGGGACAUGUCUGGCCUCCAAGGACCGUCGGUGGGCGAUGGCUGCAGCGGUGGAGGGGCCAGAGCUGGAGGCAGCUGCUGCUGCAGGAGAUGCUUCGGAGGAUGCAGACGCAGGGUCCAGGGCGCGGCCUUUCCUGGGCGGCAACCGGCUGAGCUUGGACCUGUAUCCCGGGGGCUGCCAGCGACUGCUGCACUUGUGUGUCCAGCAGCCUCUUCAGCUGCUGCAGGUGGAAUUCUUGCGUCUGAGCACUCACGAGGACCCUCAGCUGCUGGAGGCCACCCUGGCCCAGCUGCCUCAGAGCCUGUCCUGCCUCCGCUCCCUGGUCCUGAAAGGGUCGAUCUGGGACCUGGCUCUGAGGGCCACAUCCGCCUCCCCCCUUCCCAGGAGGGCAACGCCGGGACACACUGGGUGCCUGUCUCCGAGGUGCCCUGACCACCCUGCCCGCUGGUCUGAGUGGCUUGGCCCAUCUGGCCCACCUGGACCUGAGCUUCAACAGCCUGGAGACGCUGCCGGCCUGUGUCCUGCAGAUGCGAGGUCUGGGUGCACUCUUGCUGUCUCACAACUGCCUCUCUGAGCUGCCUGAGGCUCUGGGGGCCCUCCCCGCCCUCACCUUCCUCGCGGUGACACACAACCGCCUGCAGACGCUGCCCCCAGCACUGGGGGCCCUAUCCACCCUGCAGCGCCUCGAUCUCUCUCAGAACCUGCUGGAUACGCUACCUCCUGAGAUUGGAGGCCUGGGCAGCCUCCUGGAGCUCAACCUGGCCUCCAACCGGCUACAGAGCCUCCCGGCCUCCCUGGCGGGUCUUCGGUCCUUGCGGCUCCUUGUCCUGCACAGCAACCUCCUGGCGUCUGUGCCAGCCGGCCUGGCCCACCUGCCACUCCUCACCCGGCUCGACCUAAGGGACAACCAGCUCCGGGACCUGCCCCCUGAGCUGCUAGACGCCCCCUUUGUGCGCCUGCAGGGGAACCCCCUGGGUGAGGCCUCACCAGACGUCCCAAGUUCACCAGUGGCAGCCCUCAUUCCAGAAAUGCCCAGACUGUUCUUGACCUCAGAUUUGGACAGCUUUCCUGUGACUCCUCGAGGCUGCUCAGUGACCCUGGCCUGUGGUGUCCGCCUGCAGUUCCCAGCGGGAGCCACCGCCACCCCCAUCACCAUCCGCUAUCGGCUGCUGCUGCCAGAGCCAGGCCUCGUCCCCCUGGGUCCUCAUGAUGCCCUGCUCAGCCAUGUGCUGGAGCUGCAGCCGCAUGGGGUGGCCUUCCAGCAGGAUGUGGGGCUGUGGCUGCUCUUCACCCCACCACGGGCCCGGCGCUGCCGUGAAGUGGUGGUCAGGACCCGGAAUGACAACAGCUGGGGUGACCUGGAGACCCACUUGGAGGAAGAGGCACCCCAGCGGCUCUGGGCUCACUGCCAGGUACCCCACUUCUCCUGGUUCCUUGUGGUUUCCCGCCCUGUGUCCAAUGCCUGCCUGGUGCCACCAGAGGGGACAUUGCUGUGCUCCUCGGGUCAUCCUGGGGUCAAGGUCAUCUUCCCCCCUGGGGCCACUGAGGAACCUCGUCGAGUCUCCAUGCAGGUGGUGCGCAUGGCUGGCCGAGAACUGCAGGCCCUCCUAGGAGAACCAGAGGCUGCAGUGAGCCCCCUGCUGUGCCUGUCACAGAGCGGUCCCCCCAGCUUCCUCCGACCGGUCACCGUGCAGCUGCCUCUGCCCUCUGGCAUCACAGGCCUCAGUCUGGACCGCUCCCGUCUGCACCUGUUGUACUGGGCCCCUCCUGCAGUCACCUGGGAUGACAUCACAGCUCAGGUGGUCCUGGAGCUCACCCACCUGUACUGGCUCUGGUACACCACCAAGAACUGCGUGGGAGGCCUGGCUCGGAAGGCCUGGGAGCGGCUGCGGCUGCACCGUGUGAACCUCAUCGCUCUGCAGCGGCGCCGGGACCCUGAGCAGGUCCUUCUGCAGUGCCUGCCCCGAAACAAGGUGGAUGCCACCCUUCGGCGGCUGCUGGAGCGGUACCAGGGCCCCGAGCCCUCUGACACGGUGGAGAUGUUCGAGGGCGAAGAGUUCUUUGCGGCCUUCGAGCGCGGCAUCGACGUGGAUGCUGACCGCCCUGACUGCGUGGAGGGCAGAAUCUGCUUUGUCUUCUACUCGCACCUGAAGAAUGUGAAGGAGGUAUACGUGACUACCACUCUGGACCGGGAGGCCCAGGCUGUGCGGGGCCAGGUGUCCUUCUACCGUGGCACAGUGCCUGUGCAGGUACCCGAGGAGGCUGAGGCUGCCCGGCAGAGGAAGGGUGCAGACGCCCUGUGGAUGGCCACUCUGCCCAUCAAGCUGCCGAGACUUCGGAGCUCUGAGGAGCCACGGCGGAGGGCUGGCCUCUCCUUGGCACCCUUGAACCUGGGAGAUGCUGAGACCGGCUUUCUGACACAGAGCAACCUGCUGAGCGUGGCUGGGCGCCUGGGUCCAGACUGGCCAACUGUGGCCCUGCACCUGGGCGUGUCCUACCGUGAGCUGCAGCGCAUCCGGCACGAGUUCCGGGAUGAUCUGGAUGGGCAGAUCCGCCACAUGCUCUUCUCCUGGGCUGAGCGCCAGGCUGGGCAGCCAGGGGCUGUGGGACUCCUGGUGCAGGCCCUGGAGCAAAGUGACCGGCAGGACGUGGCAGAAGAGGUGCGUGCAGUCUUGGAGCUCGGCUGCCGCAAGUACCAGGACGGCAUCCGACGCACGGGUUUAGCCCCCAAGGACCCCGCUCUGCCUGGCUCGUCAGCUCCACAGCCCCCAGAGCCUGCCCAGGCCUAGGCCCCACAGACUUUGGGCUGGCCCGGACAUUCCCCAGCGGAUGGGCAGAGCCCCCACCUUCAAGCCUCUCCAGUGUGUGGGGACAGGCGUCCCCGUGGGCAACAAACCCGCACUGUUUCUUUCGCC